UAGCAUGUCCUUGGGGCUAAGCUGCAGGAUAGCAUAACAGCGUUCGUGGAAGCGAGUCUUGCACCUUAGGGCGAACCACCCGGAAUCACCGCUGGGUGUAAGCAGGUAAUAGUAUCGUGAUUAGUCUGUUGUAUCCUCGAUCCUCUUAGUAAAGAUAGGCCGGCCAACCUAUUGUUACGACGAAUUCGGGCAUACGACCGCGCUUCGAAAGUUUGGAAGGAAGAAGUGUUACAGCUCAAGGCUAGUUGAUGUCUCGGAGACAACGAGACGAGAGAGGACGGUUUAUUUCCACGACUCCUGAGCCAGAGGGUAGAAUUCCUGGUUCAUUCGAACAAGGCAACGAGACAGCCUUAGGUCAACGUGACGAAGCCACCGAGAACGAGAUCGUCGAACAAGAAAGAGACAACACCGUACACAGCGGUUGGCAGAAUACUGUGGUUAGAGUCGAGGUACCCAUACGAGAGUUUACACCGGACCGACAACUUGUGGACAAGUUAGCGAGAAUGCCAGACGACGAAACGAUUCCUACGUUUGAGGAGGUCAAUGGGAGAAAGUUUAUGACAUUCGAGAUAGCGAAACUCGAUCGGACAAACGUUCGAAGUUGGAAAAACAAGUAUGAGUUAUUCCUAAAGUCACAAGGGUGCUGGAGAGUGUUGGAUUAUACAUAUAAGUGGAGGAAGCAAUCUGAGAAGAUAGAUGAGCUUCUUAAGGACGAUAAAUGGAGUGCAGCAGACUCCUUGUCGAAAUUGUACAUCCUACAGAACCUUACCGAAAGUGAUGAAUCCGCGGUCCAACAUAUGAGGUCAUCAGGAGAGAUAUGGGCGUACCUUAUGGAGAAAUAUGAAAGGCGCACGGAAGUAGACGUUGCGUAUGCGAUUCGCGAUGUAAUAACAUGGAAAAUGAGCUCUACAACGACAGUAGAGGCAGGACUACAGCAGUUGGAACAGAGGCAUACAGAGCUAGUUGACGUGAGUGGCGGAGAAGUGAAAUUGCCAGAGAAGACGAUUAUGGUUAUUUUUCUGGAAGGAUUACCGUCAGAGUACGAUUCUAUGAAGUUCUCAAUACUGGGAGCUGGGGACCUAUCGAGAGGGCUUGUACUAUCACGAUUACAACAGCAAGAGCGCAUGCAAGGUGGCAGUACCAAUAAGACCAUCGGAGCCAAUGAAUCGGCCAACCGCGCAUCUGAUAUUAAGUGCUUCAACUGUAACGAGAUGGGUCAUUUUGCGAGGAAUUGUCCAAAACCAGACAAACGAAAGAAGUCGAAAGAAGAGUCUAGAGAUGACUCUCAAGAGAGCUCAAAGACGCGAAGCUCUAGAAAGAAAGCACACGAGAAGAGAAGUAAGAAAGUUAGGUUUAAGGGAAAGGCUAGGAAUGCUUCUAAAGAAUCUGAUACUGAGGAUGAGAGUGUCAGCGAGGAAAGCAGCGAAGAAAGUGCAUAUAAGGUGUGGAUUGGAGUUCAUUAUGCAGAUCGAGCUACAAGCAUAGACCCAGACCAAAGUGAGCAAAAGGUCAAGAAGUGGACUAUUGAUGGAGGUGCAACGAGUCACUGCACCGGCGAUAUUCAAUGCCUAGAAAAACUUGACACAAGAUACAGAGGCGUCCUAAAGACUGCAGGAGGAAACCUUAAGAUUAUGGGAAAAGGGAUUGCUAGAGUUCCUCUUAUGGAUGGAGGAGUGGCAAGGUUGAAUAAUGUUUUAUAUGUGCCAGACAUGGAAGAAAACCUUCUCUCGACACAAGUGUUGUAUCGAGAUGGAAUCUACAAUGCUCAUGAGAAGGAUGGAUAUCGAUUCUACAGAAAGGAUCGAAAGACUCUGGCUACAGGCUACAAUAUCGGUCGAACGAGUUAUCUAGGCUCAGUGGAGUCCCAGGAUACACUCAUGACAAGAUCAAGGCGAAUGAAUAAGGAUGAAGAGGCUCGAAUAGUGUCCAGAGAACCAGAUUGGGAUCUGCUUCAUAAGCGAUUUGGACACCCAGGGAAGCCAAGGAUGAAACGAUUAGUGAAGCGAAUGGGUUUGAAGCUUCCAGAAUCGUAUGAUUUCACAUGUGAGACGUGUAUUCAGGCGAAGAGUGUGAAGCGCCAGAAUCGAGGAGAGGUUCCAAAGGAGAAGGAACCGUUGAAACGAGUUUAUAUUGAUUUUUGGGGACCGUAUCAAGGCCAGUACUAUUUGGCAAUAGUUGAUGAUGCGACUAGGUUCUCAUGGCUUUACAUCACGGACAAUCGACGUACUGAGACCGUGAUUGAGAUCUUGGAGAAGUGGAUGGCUAAAGAAGAACGUAUUCUAGGGAAGGCCUUGAUCAAUAUUAGAUUGGAUAAUGCGAAGGAGUUUGCCGCAUUAGGAUCAUGGGCUGAGAAGAAGGGAAUCGACCUGGAGUUUACAGAGCCAUAUACACCACCACAGAAUGGACCAGCAGAGCGUCUGAAUCGUUUCAUACUUGAGAUCGCGAGAGCGAUGAUGCAGCAGAUGAAUGUUCCGAAGAAGUAUUGGCGAUAUGCAGUUAGGAUGGCCAACUUUCUUCGAAACCGAACCAUGUUUUCACCAAGGGAAGGGGAGAAACGGAAGUCUGCAUAUGAGAUGAUUUAUAAGAAGAAGUAUAACCUUGCAAAGCUCAAAGUUCCUUUUUGCAAAGUCUGGUUUCACAUUGAGACAAAGGAUAAGCUUGAUCCGAGGGCUCAAGAAGGUGUUUUUGUGGGUUAUACCAAGAGCAGCAGUCAAUAUCUCGUACUUGAUAGACAAGGGCGAGUACGGAAGGUCACCAAUCCAAUCUUUUUGGAGGAUCAACGAGGCUUCAUUUCUGAUGAAGCAGGUGAUCGAGAGUUUACGAAUGAUGAGGCAUAUAACAGCCUCAUUGAGAAUCCUAGUGUGUUUAACCACACUGUCAAUCCAGUUAUCAAUUCUGCAUCAACUACCGCUAUGAGUCCUACCGUGCUCAACCACAAGGAUGAUGUUGAUGCAACUACCGCAGUCGACGAGUCACAUAGUCAAGAAUCCACUACGUCGACUACACCGGAUCUAGCUGAUCCAAACCCGUCCACUACACCUUCAUUACCAAAGACAUCUCAGCAAGAUGCUUCACCAAAGCGACGAUCUGAGCGUAUACGACAACCAACCCAGGCGUUAAUUGAAUCACAGCAAACAGAGCAAAUAUACGGCCGGAAAAGUCGUCAAGAAAGACGUCGGGAAGAAAGGGAAGCGAGUAAAGUAUCAACAACGGAUAGUUCUUCCCAAGUCUCUCAUGAGGAGACACGUCUACGAGAAACAGCCAAUUUGGCAGUUGCAAUAGAACUCCUACUAGGCGAAGACGACGAGUUUGCUUUACGAGUUGACAAGCGGCUUGAAGGGGAGCAAAUUCCUAUACCCAAGACUUAUGAGGAAGCUGUCAAUCAUCCAAUUUAUGGACCUAGAUGGCGUGAAGCCAUUGGUCUUGAGAUUCGAAAUCUGAUACGCUUCGGCACAUGGAAAUUUGUUAAACGACCAAUCGGACGAUCAGUCAUAUCAUGUAAAUGGGUCUUCGAUCUGAAAUAUGGCGCAGAUGGGCGUCUAGAACGAUUCAAAGCACGACUAGUUGCCAGAGGAUUCUCUCAACAGGAAGGUUUAGACUUUGAAGACACAUUUGCACCAGUAAUCCGACUGGAAAGCCUCCGUGUGCUGUUCGCUAUUGCAGCUUCAUACGGGAUGGUUGCUCAUCUACUUGACGCUACAAACGCCUUCGUAGGCUCAAGAAUCGACAAGGAAAUGUUCAUGGAAAUUCCCCAGGGCUUAGAGGACCAUGGUGUCGGACCAACUGAACCAGAUCAGGUCUGUGAGAUCUUACAAUCGCUGUAUGGCUUACGGCAAUCUGCCAACCUCUGGAAUCAGAAAGUCAAGUCAUUCGUUAACACUAUUGGUUUUAAGCCUUCAACAGCUGAUUCAAGUGUCUUUAUCAAUGAACGAGGAGUCAUCAUUGCGCUAUACGUGGAUGAUAUCUUAGUGUUCGGUAAAGCAACUAAGGACAUUGACUGGACAAAGAGGAAACUCAAGAAAUUUCAUCCAAUGAAGGAUCCUGGACUUGCAAAGAAGAUAUUAGGAAUCCGAAUCACCUGGCUUCCAAAUGGAGCUGGUGGAACGCGGCCAGAUAUCCAGUUUCCUGUCAAUCGUCUCAGCCAACACCUGGCCAAACCCACAAAAGUCCAUUUAGAAGCGGUCAAGCGAAUACUCCGAUAUGUCCGCGGUACAAUCAAAUAUGCUAUCAUCUACCGAGCGUUAGAUGAAAAGGGGAGUGGUAAGAUAUUAGUCGGUUAUACGGAUGCGUCAUAUGCCAAUGCUACAAAGGGACGUUCAACUAGUGGGUAUAUUUUUAUACUGGCUGGUGGCCCUGUAAGUUGGUCAAGCCGAAAGCAACCAAUUACUGCGACUUCGUCGUCAGAAGCUGAGUAUAUUGCUGCGUCAGACGGAGCCAAGCAGGCAGUAUGGCUUAGACAUUUCUUGCAUUCGAUUCAGAAAGGAUCUAAGGGACCGACUCCAUUCUAUAUGGAUAAUCAGUCCGCAAUGAAGCUAUCCGACAAUCCAGUGCUGCAUUCUCGAAGCAAGCACAUCCUGAUUCGAUAUCAUGCUAUACGUGACUUCGUAAACCACCGGGAGAUAAAGCCAAUAUAUAUCCCUACCACCGACAUGCUUGCGGACAGCCUAACUAAGGCAUCUUCAUCAGAGAUACUUGGAAAAUUUACUGAAUCCCUGAACAUGAAAUGGUGA